AUGACCAAUCUGAAUACUUUCGAGAUGACCAAGCGAGAUGAGAACUGCUAUUACAGUGAGGACACUACUACUGCCUUUCGAGAUGACCAAGCGAAAAUGCAGGUUCGGAUCAAUACGAAAAUGCAGGUUGACCACGGGAGAGACGAGACGCGGCGUCGGGCUGGGGAGGCCGACGCUGCCACGAGGAAGCGGAGCCUCGAGGCCGGGGAGCUGCUCGUGGCGCGCAAGCACGGCGCCCCGUCGGUGGCCGGCCGCAGGAGGGAGAUGGAAGACACCGUGUCCGUGCGCGAGGCGUUCGCGCUGGCGGAGGGCUGGGCUGGGGAGGCCGACGCUGCCACGAGGAAGCGGAGCCUCGAGGCCGGGGAGCUGCUCCUCGAGGCCGGGGAGCUGCUCGUGGCGCGCAAGCACGGCGCCGCGUCGGUGGCCGGCCGCAGGAUGGAGAUGGAAGACGCCGUGUCCGUGCGCGAGACGUUCGCGCUGGCGGAGGGCUCCCACGGCGGGAGGCGCGACUUCUACGGGAUGCACGAGCUGCUCGCCGAGGAGCUCGCUGUCGCCGCCGCCGACGUCUCCUGGACCGCGCGAGGCGUUCGCGCUGGCGGAGGGCUCCCACAGCGGGAGGCGCGACUUCUACGGGAUGCACGAGCUGCUCGCCGAGGAGCUCGCUGUCGCCGCCGCCGAUGUCUCCUGGACCGCGCGAGGCGUUCGCGCUGGCGGAGGGCUCCCACGGCGGGAGGCGCGACUUCUACGGGAUGCACGAGCUGCUCGCCGAGGAGCUCGUUGUCGCCGCCGACGACGUCUCCUGGACCGCGGCGAUGGAGCGCAGCUCCGCGCGGAUGGACAGCGAGGUGAGGGAUGCGGCGUGGGAGGAACGGGACCGCAGGUUGACCACGACGGUUGCGUGUGGAGGGAGGGCGAUGGGUCGCGAGAGGUGGGGCGAUUAGCGCGGGGUGAUUACCGCGAGGGGGCG